AUGCUUGUAAAGAUCAAACCAGAAAGCACAAGAUCUAGGGCAAGAGAGGAGAGUGUGCUCCCGUCAGGCAACCCUCAGGCUCCAGGACUGUCAGCGGAAGCUGCAGCACGAAUUGCGAAUUCGCAACCCCGGAAAAUCUGUGAAAACCCGCCAGAUCAAGAGACUGCUGGGUUGAAGGUCUCUAUUCCGGAUCCAGAUUCGGUCGUGCCGCAAGCUCUGGACGCUAACAACGUCGGACCUAUCGAUAAGAUGGCUAAUGCAUCGGACGAUGUAGAAAUGGAGUCGCAUGAAGCAAACGAGUUGAUUUCUUCCUCGGAUGAUAAAAGUGUGCAUCAGCGACUGAAAGACGGUAUCCCCGAUGACCCUGGAUCUAUCGCUGAGUGCGAACAUAGGCAUUCAACAGGAACGGUUCUCGACGGAAACGAGGGUUUGAUAGCUUCAAAGUUUCACCACUCGAUCAACGCCAAGCUGGCACUCAUAGAAUCUCAGGUGCUUGAGGCUUUGUCAGCGGGCGAAGCAGGCCAGUACCGCGCUUCGAUCAAGAUUCAGUGGAACGUCUUGGGUUUCAUGAAUGACCAAUUCCGUGAGGAUGACUUUCCAAAUUCAGCUUUGAGUCCCGUUGUUACAAUAAGUGGGUCUGCACAGCACGCUCAAGCGACGACCUGCUCAGAGUAUAUACAACAAAACUGGCCUGCACAUGGUUCGAAAGUUCUGGAUGCCCUACAGGCUGCUUUGGAUAGCCCUUCCCACACGUCACAGUCUAAAAUUUGUGAUCGUAUUGAUGACGGAAAUAUUUCUAGAGACGGUGCACCCUCCAGUCAUGCUGAGCUUGAGUUCCAAGUCACUCGCGGUUCUAUGUCUCUCUACAUCACAUCCGGAAAUCCAGACAUCGUUGUGGACGUUGUCCAGCAGCUGGCAUGGAUGGGGGCCGCACUCCGAACGUCCGGAGAUGGUCGAAUUGAAUAUUGUGAUUCAAAGCUGGAGGCAGUCCUGAGAGCUAGAGGAGUGGCACCGGCCAUUUUGAACCUUACUUUUGACAUGAACUCGCCUAGUGGCGAAGACCAAAGUUGUUGGUUUCCACUAUUCACGAACCCCGUCAUUGCCUAUGGAUUUCCAACAGUCCACAGAAACGACCAUGAAGUGGGACUCGAGAUUCCGCUAGAAAUGAUGGCUGCUCUUGGUGGCGCAAGACACGCGGUGGAUUUCGAAGGCGGCUUGGUGUUGAAAGGGUAUUCGGUCUUAUUUGUACCCAUACGUGUCCACGAGGAGUCCGUCCAAUGGCAUUUGAUAUGUGCUCGGGACGAGGAGCGAAUCCCGUAUCGCGAAGCAUCAGUGCAAUGCCCGAAUCGAGUCUUUUUGAAGGACCUCAAUCAUGAGGCACUUAGGACUACGCGUGCGUAUCUUGGAUGGUGGAAAGAGGCCGAAACCCACCUUGGAACCUCAGACGCCGACUACAAGAGCAUUGACUGGUCGAAAGCGAAGGAAGCCGGCCCGCCUCCAAGACUCACCGGUGGGACUUUAGGUGUCUCGAGAAUAAUCUCUGCUCAAGUGAAUUUUGUAUUGGGUGCAAAAGACGGCUCGUUUCAUUACUCGCAGCAUGAGCCAUUUCAAAAGACAGUCGAUCGUUCAGAGAAUCUCCCGGUAGUUCUUUAUGAUGAAAAGGAUCGAAGAUCUUGGCUAGUUCCAGCCCUCCCAGUCAUACUGCACAUCAUCCAGCUGCGGCACCAUAUUAAACCUUUCGUUGUCGACGGGGAAAAAGUUAAGAUUUCUCCCUUAGACCCUUCACAGCAGGGAUUUGCUGCUAGGGAAGCAGUCACCAAGAACAAGUCGCAGAAGCUGUUCGACUGUGAGUCGAAUGAAGAGAAGGAGUACUGCUUCAGAGACGCUGUGUUGGAUACCUGGUCUAUUCUGGACCGUCUCAUGGAAAGGGAAGCAACAACGCAAGCUACUCCCGGAAUGGCCAUCCAUGCCACAUGGCAGAGCACCUUGCACGGAUGGGAGUUCAGAGCCGUUGCUGAUGAGGACAGGCAUCUCAAACAGAAGUCACAGAUUCUUGAAAAAUCUGCUGGACGAUGGUACGACCUUGUUGAAGAUGUCGAUGCUGUUGUACUUUUUGCAAGCGGAUUGGGCGAUAUCAUUAAGCCUGGAUCUGGUUUGGGUGGACUGUGCCGGAAGUGGAGAAGCCUCCCAAAGGAUAAGGAUUACCUUGCCGUCGGCGUUUCAAUGCUAAGGAUGUUCUACGCAAAAGCCGGACACCGCCAGGAUCAGCAAUACCUAACCUCUGCGAAGCUCCAAUGGCAUCGAGGCUCCAUGCUUUUUGAGCCAUGCGCUGGCGUCAGUUCGAAUCGCUGCAAGUGCGACCGUUUACAGCAGGUAUACCACGACUCGUACAAAAUAAUCGGGCAUAGAAUCCCACACGGCAAGCUCGAAGCCAACGGUUGUGUGGUAUUUGGUCAAGCCCAUCACCCACUCAAGCUCCCCCAAAGCGUCGCCUGGAGACAAAACACUGUCCAUAUGUUACCCAACACUUCCAUUCAGGAUGGGAAAACCACCAAGAAGACUUCAACAGAAGAUGAUGGCUCACUAUCACCGUCUCCUCCAACAUCGGUCUCCCCUGAACGUGAAGAAGUCAAUGGAAAUGCAAUCUGGAGCCCACAACGACGGCCGUCGCCACUGAGUUUCACUGACCAUCUGGUGCAAGAAAAAGCGAUUGCAUCAGAGAGAAGACGUAAGACUCCACACAUGCAGGCGUCGAGUUUCGACAUGUGCAAGGGACCCAACGACAGCAAUGACCAAAUAUCGUUGUCUGACGACUGUGCAACAUGUCCCCUGGAAUAUCAGUCGAUACUCAGAUAUGAUAAUCUGUCGAACGGACAAUAUUCGGGAUGCAGAGAGACUAUCCACGCUCCCAAAGCUGAAGACGCUCCACCACAUGCCCCAAAGACUCGAAGUCACAAAGCGAAGAUCAAAAACUAUAGCCAUCGUGGUGGCUGUUCAUGUACGACUUGUUCCACAGGAUCUUUUGAGCCACCAGAAAGCAUGGAGCUUGUCAACACCGUCAAGGGCAUUCGAAGGAAUUCAACGAAUAUAGCAAAAAUGCCAAACAGACAGCUAGUGUGA